GGAGCGGUGCGUUGGACUGGGAGAGACCAGGCACGUGCGGGAGAUGCUCGUGAUUGGUACUUCAUCCGAGAAACACCGAUUAAUCUGAAGAUCGGUCAGAUUGAAUAGCUGGGAAGCAGCUCUUUGAGCAUCAGCAAUGGCAAAAACCAAGAAACCAGGCAAGAAGGGAGUGGGCCAUGCAGAAAAAGUAGCUAGCAUCAAGAGCAAGGAAAGGGCAAUUAAUCCAUUUGAAAUCCAUUUCAACAAACAAAAGCAUACUGUCCUGGGUCAACAUCUUCCUGGUGAGAAAGGAAAACCAGGGAUAUCCAAGGCCAAAGCUCAGAAAAAGAGGAAAUUGACGUUGCUGCGAGAGUUGAAAACCAGGACCAAAUCCAAUGAAUUUUUGGAUCGUCGCAUUGGUGAGAAGACCAAGGGUAUGUCGGUGGAGGACCGCCUGGCAGCCAGGUUCGCCGCCGAACGCAAGAAGCAAAACAAGCAGACCCUCUUCAACCUGGAGGAGACCACCGAGCUGACGCACAUGGGCCAGACGCUGAGCGAGAUCGAGAAAUACGAGGACCCGCGCAGCGACGACGAGGGCGACGACGCACUCGGAGCCGAGUUCGUCAAGUCGGCCCACUUCGGCGGCGGACUGCUGGCCUCGGGCGGCCCCAACUCCGCCCAGAGCCGCAAGGAGUGGAUCGAUCAGAUGAUCGCCGACAGCAAGAAGCGCAAAUACGACGCGCGAAAGGCCCGCGAGGAGACGCUCGAGAUGACCGACAAACUGGACGACGACUACAAGCAGGUCAUGCAGAUCUUCAAGGACGCCGACCUCAUGCGCCCGACCCGGGCGAAAGAGCGGACGCGAGAGCCGAGCCCCGAGCCGGCACCGGCACCGGCACCGGCACCGGCAGCGGCAGCGGCAGCGGCAGCCGCCGCCGCCGCGCCCGACCCCUCCGACGAGUACGACAUGCUCGUGCGCCAGCUGGCCUUCGAGCCGCGCGUCGGGGCGUCGGAGCGGACCAAAACGGACGAGGAGGUAAGCGAGGAGGCGACACGGCUCCGCUUGCUGGAGGAGGCGCGCCAGCUGCGCAUGCGCGCUGACCCGGAGGAGGCGGGCGGGGCGCGGCCGGCCGUCCACCGCAGCGCCGAUGACCUGGACGACGGGUUCCUGCUGGACGCCAAGCCGCAGCAGCGUCUUGAGCUGAUCGGCGAUCAGCUGGUGGUGACCGGCAGUGGUGACGCUGAGGAGGAGGCCGAGCAAACACCUCCUGAGACAGUCACGCCCCCUAAAGCCAAGCUUCCGACCUACAAGAAGCUCAGCGCCACCCUCCGGGCCCUGCUGCCGCUCGAGCAGACGCGUCACCUGACCGAGCUUGUGACGUCGCUGGAUCCGCAGCUGUCGCCGGGCAACAAGGCGCUGCUCAUCUCCCUGUACGAGAUGCUCCUGCGCUACAUCGGCGACUGCUGCCGCCGCUCGGGCGCCGCGGCAGACACCGGCUCCUUCCCCGGCCUAGAGACGCUGCUGCCGCUGCGGGUGUGUGGCCAGCUGUUCCCCAGCUCUGACCGCCGCCACCCGGUCACCAUGCCGGCCAUGUUGAUGCUGUGCCAGAUGCUGGCGGAGUGCCGCGUCACCUCGCGCCGCGAGCUGGCCGCUGGACUCUUCGUCGUCUCGCUUCUGAAUGAGGUCAGUGCGGUUCACGAGCCUGGCCAGCCCUACGUGCCGGAGGUGAUCGGCUUCCUGCAGAGCGUGCUGUUCACGGCUGUGCCCAGCGAGCGCCAGGCGCCGCUGCCGGCCACGUGCUGCUACCCCAGCUGCCGCGCGGACCCCACUCCGCCUGCUGCAGCUAACCACCAGCUGCGCCGGCGCGCCGUAAUAAAAAGACCUAAACCCCUCCGUUUGUACGAGCCUGCUAUAGAAGAGAACUUUGACGGCCGGCGGCGGCGGCCGGGCUCGCACGAGAAGCGAGAGCACGACAAGCUGGUGCACAAGUACAAGCGACAGAUGCGCUCGACAGUGCGCGAGGUGCGCCGCGACAACGCCUUCGUGGCGCGCCAGAAGCUGACCGAGAUCAAGACCAAGUGA